AGUCACAGCAUGUUGAAUGUCAGUUGCCAGAGAAAAGCAGAGAACUCGGCUCUGCGAUUCCCCUUCACUCUGUCACUAGACAGCCCAAUGGAGCCUUCUGCAGUCGAACCAAUACCCACCGCGGUCAGCAGCCUCCUGGGUGUCCCAGGGCUUAUCACCUGGGAUGGGGAUGAGGCGAACGACGCGGAGGUGAUCGGUGGCAUCAGGCCCAAGUCCUCUCCUCUCCCACGGAGAAGGAGCGCCAGUGAUUUAAAGGACUGUGAGCUCGAGCUCACCCCAUCCAGCUCUCGGAGAGUGUCCUUUGCGGACGCCCUCGGCCUAAACCUGGUGAAAGUGAAAGAGUUUGACUCGUGGGACAUAACAGUCCCGCUGAACUUCAAUGCCAUGGAGGGAGAGACAGAGGUAGAGGAAUACUACUUGUCCUCAUUAUACACUCCGUCACCAUCCCAAGAAGCCAUGGUCCUGAGAGUUCAGGAGCAGAAGCUAGAGCUGGAGAGCAUUGAGUUACUCUACCAGACUACAAUACUAAGGGGGGUGGUCCGCGUUCUCAAUGUCUCCUUUGAUAAGAUGGUGUACAUCCGCACCUCGCUGGAUGCCUGGGCCACGCACUUUGACCUGCUGGCAGAGUACAUUCCAGGGUCCAGCGAUGGAGACACUGACUGCUUCUCAUUCAAGCUCACCCUGGUGCCCCCCUUUGGGGAAAAGGGGGCCAGAGUGGACUUCUGUCUCCGGUACGAGACCCCUGUUGGGACUUUCUGGGCCAACAAUAGUGACCAGAACUAUGUGAUGUUUUGUCACCAGAAAAUCAAGGUCGAAAAAAAGUCGAAAGAGAAACCAGAAAAAGACAAAAGCGGGCGCAGGAAAAGCAUCCUGAAAGCCAUCAGUCAUGACUUUCCCUGUGAUGAAAACUGGUCGUCAACCAAUGCUGAAUCUUCAGACGUACACCACCGUGGAGGGAAGAUGGCUAGUGUAAACACUUCUGAGUCUCAGUCAGGAGCACUCCAAGAUGAUCGUCAGAAACUAAUGGUUGAGAGCAGCCGGAACUCCAGCAGAAGAAACCGACGAAAGGCAGCACGAUUGGCGAAGGUGCGGGACUACUUCACCCAGAGAGAGGAUGAGACCCAAGAGAAAGAGAAGGGAGCAGUGGAACCAUCACAGAUCCCACAGGAAAGCACAUUCCCACAGGAAAAGCUUUCAAAUGGGCCUGAGGUACAACCACUGCCACCACAGGGCAGGAAAGGGUUUGGGAUGCAGGCAACAGAUUCUCUGUCUACGUGCAAACUGUCUCCUGGUAUCCCAGACAGCACGUCUUGGCAGGAGUCAGUGAAACCUGAGAAAAUAGACCCAACGUUCCGAUCAGCCCCAUUAGAGCUGAGAGGGAAACAGGCCUCACUGAUCCCCAGCAGCAAGUCAGAUUCAACUGAUCAACCUGCUGCUGUGAGCCAAAAUGGUGAUACGUCUGUUUUCAGUGUGGAGGGAAGUGCUCUGAUGCAGAUGGAAACGGAGAAGGGUGGAUCUGCCAUCAGCACAGACAUAACACAUUCAGAUAACAUUGUCAGGUUGGAGAACAGCACAGCAGGCCCAGUCCCAGGCAGCCAGACCAAUAGCUUUAUGUUUGGUAAUGUUGUGGCCCCACCAUACUGUCAGGGGUUUGGUAGAGUGGAGAGUGGGAGUCCGAGCUUCACCCAUAGAGGGAAUCGAACAAGUGGUCAAUUGCAUGAAUGGGAUUCAACAGCCUACACAGCCCAGAGUUACCCAUCCACAGAGGAAGUAGAAACUCACUCCUGUGUUUCAGCUGAUACUCGUGGAACACCUGAUGACAAGCCUGUAGAUCAACAGGGGUCUCUUAAAUCAAACCCAGAACACUUCAGCUCUGGAUUAAGUACAGAAAGAGAGUCUGAACCUAAACGUCUGUCAGAAGAGGCAGGAGGUCUCCUCGGGACUCACACUGCCCUGAACACUGCUGCUGCUCUCAGGGCACAAAUCCUUAAUGUGAACUCAGGCCUCCAGGGGUCUGAGGAGAACAUUCUGCCUCCUCAGAACCAGAUGCACCAGGACAGUAAGCUUUCACAAACACAAACCCCAUUACCAAACACAACACCUUCACAAACUCCAGUAGACACAACACUUUCACAAACACAAACCCCAUUACCAAACACAACACCUUCACAAACUCCAGUAGACACAGCACUUUCACAAACACAAACUCUGAUAGACGCGACACAAGGCAGUUUCCUACAGUCACAAACUGAAAUGGGGUCAAAGCAUAUCUCUGCUGAGAUGACUCUGCAGGGGGCCAGUUGUGGAUAUGAGAGACCUGAUGAGUCAGAUGAAAUGGAGAACCCUCUCACAGAUGAAUGGUCAACAAGCCCAUUCACAGAAAUAGUAGACACACCUAUAGCCAUGCUAGAGCCUGUGGAUGCUGACCUGAAAGUUCACACUUCAGAGACCGAGGAAAAGAUCACCACUGAGCACCAAAACUUUGCUGUGCCCCGCACGGACACACUGGAGGAAGAAACCAGUGGGACAGCAUUGAAAGAUGAUUCCAUUGUCAUUAAGGAAUGGACAUCAUUGGAGAAAUUAAUGAUGAGAAAACAAACAGAUCAAGUGAAGGAUGAACUAUCAUUUGAAGUGUCAAACAUUUUAUGCAAUGAAGAAAACCGGCAUUCUAUUGACAACGAGGAUUAUGAUGAUGUAGAUGGAGAGAUGUCAAACUAUGUGAGGUACGAUGAUGAUAAAGACACUGACAAGGGCUCAAAGUUCAAAGAAGAAGAUAUUCAUAAGGAAGUUGAACUGGUAAUGAUGAACAGUAAGAAGUAUUUAGUUGCUACAAAGAAGGAGAUAGACACAAGUAAUGGACAACCAUUUCUAAAGAAAGAUCGAAUAGUAAAAGACUGGGAGGGGACUGUGGAAGAGGAAGACACGAUGGGGGGAUAUGUGGAGGGGGACGAAUGGGAAAUAGAAGAAGAGGAGAUAGUUGUGGAAGAGGAGAUGGUGGUUGGGACAAAGGAGUUGGAGGAGACAGGGGAGGUGGAGGAAACAGAGGAGGAAGUGGAAAAGGAGAAAGAAGAAAUUAUGAUACGGGAAAAGAUAGAAGAAAUGGUGAAGGAAGGAGCGAAGGUGGUGAAGGGAGAGGGGGAAAUGGAGAAAGAAAUGGAGGAGGUGGUAGUUGAAGAAGAGAUGGAGGAUGUUAAGUGGAUAGAGUGGGAGGAAGAGGAGAUUGUAGAGGAAGAGGAGGAUAUUGUAGAGGAAGAGAAGGAGGAGGAAGAGAUUGUAGAGGAAGAAACUGCAGAUGUAGAAGUAAAGGAAAUUGUAGUAGAUGAUCAAAAUGAGUUGAUAGACGAGUUUAGCAUGAACAUGGACAAUAUGAAUGAGGGUGAGGGUGGUAAGAGCACAAAUGUAAAGGUCACAGAAAAAUCUAGCCCAGUAGAUAAUACAUUUAUGACAAAUGAAGUGUCAAAUCCUUGCCACAAAGAAGGUAUAAAUGACGUAAGGCUGGACACCAAGCAUCCUCGAGGUGAAGAAAUAGAAUCUAUCAAUGGAGAAGGGGAGACCUGCAUUCAAUCGGAUACAUCUGUCAGUGGGCAAGAGGGUGAAGGGGAGACAUGCAUUCAAUCGGAUACAUCUGUCAGUGGGAAAGAGGGUGAAGGGGAGACAUGCAUUCAAUCGGAUACAUCUGUCAGUGGGAAAGAGGGUGAAGGGGAGACCUGCAUUCAAUCGGAUACAUCUGUCAGUGGGAAAGAGGGUGAAGGGGAGACCUGCAUUCAAUCGGAUACAUCUGUCAGUGGGCGAGAGGGUGAAGGGGAGGGUGAGGAGGACCAUGCUUCCACAGAGUCUCUGUCAGAGGAUAAGAUAGAGCUGUACAUGCGCAGUCUAAGGGCAGUGCAGAAGCUACGAAACAAGGACUUAGCCUUGAGUCUUGGGAAACGGCCCUCCAUAAGCAGAAGAGGCAGCAAACCGUCCAUGACGUCCAUCAGUGAGUCUGUGGAUGAGGAGCACCCGAGCAACCAGGAAGAUCAGCCAGACACAGAGACAGUGGAGCAUCAGCCUACAAGUACACUGCCCCUAGUGGAGGGAGGGCAUGAUAGCACCAGGAGCAAUAUAAUGUGGUGGAGAGAAUCAUUUUCUUGGCAUAAUCCCUCAAAAACACUGUUAUACACCAUCCUGUUUGUAGUGUUCUUUUUUGCUGCUUACCAUUAGGACUUUCUGGUCUGUUUUAGACAGGCUGGUUUGUCAGGGGGAGAAACAGCCAAUGAUAAUAAAUAAUACAAUAGGUUGAGACCUGUGAAAGUAUAUUUCAGUGUCUAUAAAGUGCACGACAAUUAAGUUUCAUUAUUUGUCAUUAUGCCUCAUCUCUAAAUAUAGCCUCUAAAUAGAUGUUAAACAAUAUAAUUUAAGAAGCACGUGCAGUGGCUGAUAGAGAAAACAGACCUGGCAAUAAGAAUAGGCUAUAGAUAGUCUUGACCAUUUGGGACCCGUUGGCAAUUUCGCUCAGGACAGGUUAUAGCCAAGACUUAAUCAAUAUUUUGUUUUGUGUUAUUUAUUGAUAUGGAUAUAGCCUCUGCGUGAUGGGAUUGUACAACGUAAAUGGUUUUAACAAGUCUUCUUACAGAGUGGAAUUCAUUAAUACAACAGUCAAAAUGCCAAAUAUAAGGCCUACAGUCUGUGCUCCCAAAUACUGGAAAAAGUGUGAUUCAUUAGUUUACAUGAUCACUACAGUAGCCCCACGCGGCUAUACAAAUGUAUUAUGCAAUAAUAUGGCCAUUAAAUAACACACAACAGCAAGGCAUAUUCAGAUAGUGGAAUAAGCCUAAGUCAUGUUUACUUUCUAUUUUGCAGCUCAGGCGGUUUUUCUAGACAAGGCUCUUCUGUGUCUUCCAUAGUAUCAUUCUCAAACAAGUCAUUUUCUGAAGCCCAAGCCUAUAGUAUGCCAUCUACUGAUAUAACGUCAUUAUCGAAUUGCGUUCUAAAACAAGCUCUAGACAUUUAUUUUGGAAAUGAAACCGGAAGCUGCAAAGCAUUUCUAACGUCUGGGCUAGAGUUGCUUGAUUGACUAGUUAACUUCGACUAGCUACGUUCGGUUCAUGUCCUUUGCAGAUGCCACAUUCCUAACAAAGGUUUGUAUACAUAAAAAAGAUCUGUAACCGAGUAAAGGGAGACGUAAUGUAAGAAUUGAUAGAAUUCUUUGUCCCAACAUAGGGUUUGUACAUUUACAGAUCUAAUUUAACAGUUACGUUCCAUGUGAAAAUAUAUUUCAGUGUCUAAAGUGCUCCACAACUACGUUUCAUUAUUUGUCAUUAUGCCUCAUCUGAGACUACAUGUAGAUGACACAAAUCACAAAAGCUAACCAUUUUUGGUAAAAUGAUGUGGGUAAAAAGUAGAAUAAUAAAUGUUGACACCAAAUAAAGACUUUGAAUUCAGUAUAUUCCUCGUUCUAUCCAGAUUUGAUCAAAAUAAAUGUAUAUAUUUUUGAACAUUCUUAUUGAAAUUAUAUUAACAGGUGAGUGUGUUUUAUAAUUAACUUAUGAGGGUCAGUUAGUUUAAGGCAGACCCUUCAAUAGAGCACACAAUAUUAUUUAUCCAAUAUAAUGUUUUGUGACGUUUCUUCAUAGUGACUAUACUAAGGUUGAAUCUUGUACAGUACGCUGUUUGUUUGAGCACAAAUUAGUUCAAAGCCCUGUGUUCAAAUAACUGUUCUUGUCUAUUAAUGUUCUGUAUUAUGUCAUGUUUCAUGUUUUACGUGGACCCCAGGAAGAGUAAUGGGGAUCCUUAUAAAAUACAGAAUACCCAGUUACAAGGCUGUGGACCAUUGCUUGGUGUGGUUACUGUUAACUUUUAUUGCAUUAUUUUAUUUGGUGCAAAUGAAGCUGAUUUUAGAUGUAUUUUGUACCAAUACCUCCAGAUUCAUAAUAGCCAUGUACAGUAUGUUAAAUAUGGUUAACAAAAAUUGUUUAUGAAUCUCUUUUUCUGAUAAUAUACUACAGUCAAACGGUCAUUUCCUACAGUCUUUCAACAAAUAAAGCAAAAAUAAAACCUAACAUACUAUAAUUGACCACCAUGCAUACGUACAGUACACUUGAGACACAGGGUAGCCUAGUGGUUAGAGCGUUGGACGAGUGACUGGAAGGUUGCAAGUUCAAAUCCCCGAGCUGACAAGGUACAAAUCUGUCGUUCUGCCCCUGAACAGGCAGUUAACCCACUGUUCCUAGGCCGUCAUUGAAAAUAAGAAUUUGUUCUUAACUGAUUUGCCUAGUCAAAUAAAAAAAUUAAAAUGUAGAACACAUCUGAACAUUUCCCACAAUGUGACUUAUACUGUAUGCAGAACUGUUAUGAUGAAGCAGGGGCAGACUGGGACCAUAAAUCGGCCCAGGUAUUUCUGACACUGUCACAUGGGCUGGUCCACUAAACUAUUUUAAGCCGGUGCAUGUGAAAUGGGACAGCAGCCCCUUAGCCAAAUAAUGAUAAUUCUGCACCAGUGGAGGCUGUCAAGGACUACCGACUGGGCACAAACUGGUUGAAUCAACGUUGUUUCCACGUGAUUUCAAUGAAAUUACAUUGGACCAUUGUCGAAUAUUCUUUGAAUUGACAUCUGUGCCCAGUGGGUAGUGAGUGGCGUUGUAUUUAAGCAGAAAUUUAAGUCUCUAAUAUCCCAGUGGUGAUUUGCUCUCAUCCAGGCUUUUUAAGGCUUUGUAAUGACACAUAUCUUUCCUGUACUCUGGUACCUUCUUUAAAUACUGUAUUGGGCCUACUAAAAUCUGUCAAUCUGCCAUUGAGCAAGGUAAGCAAACCCUAAUUGAACCAGGGUCACCGUCAAUAACGGCUGAUUCCUGGCCGUGGCCCCACUCUCCAAGGGUGUCUCCAGGGGAGUGGGAUAUGCCUACAUCACAUUUUCAUUUCACACCACACACUUGUACAGGUUACAGACUUGUACGUGUGUGAAAAAUGACAAAUAUAAGCACCCUUAUUUGACCUUUGACCUGUAGAAGCCCCCAACUCCCCUGUGUGAGGUUUACUCUUGGUAAAUAUACAGAUUGGUAUGGUUAAACAUUUGAGAAGUUAUGAAAGGGGUGCAUACCUCACAGUAAGAUUACAACGCUAUCAUGUGUCAAUGUUAAUGAACGGUUGAUAGGGAAAACAGAACGUCUUAAAACCAUAGUCCACUCCUUACUCCCAUCAGCUUUAGACAGCAUUGUCUUGAGAUUCAAACGGUGUAUAUUUGUUUUUCUGGUGUGUCAAUAUGUCUGUCUUGGCUGUGGUCGGAUAAGAUAUAUACUCAGGUGCCUGGUUCUUAUCUGUUGAAAUGUUUGUCCUUCCCUUUAACAAUAUGAAUAAAUUGACA